AUGGCAGCAUGUACUAGCAGUGGUGUCGUUUUACUUCGAGUCUCAUCGUCAAUUUACUCGGUUGUUCGUAACUUGUUAAGGCCAAGACGGAAUAUACCAUUCCGAGGAAUUUACAGGACGGAGGGUGACCUGGUACGAAAAGAUGAUCUCCUAGUGUGCCAACACAAGAUGAAUUUUCAUCCUGGCUUAAAUGUCCAUUUAAAAAGAGAUCGAAGUGGACAACUAUUGCUCAAAGCGAUGACAGAUGGUCACGUGGUGAUUACUCAAGAAAAAAUAAAUCCAGACUUCUCUAUACCUGAAAUGUUGGCCUACGAGAGUAUGGAGGAAGUUUAUAAAUUAACAUUUAAUGUGCUUCCACUGGAUAUGUCACAAUCAUUCAGGCUAUUGAAUGAAAUUUGACGAUAUCUCAAAAACAUUUUAUUUCUCUUUGGAUCAACCAAUUUGAAGUUAGUACUUGCAUAUGCAUUGUCGUAAUACACAACUCUUCGUGAGAAUUGACUUAUCUUCAUUCUCUGGCUGAAUAAAUUUAGUUCAGAUGUUAGGCGUUUGGCAGAGAUCUUUCU